AUGUAUGACAACAUCUCUGAUUUCACAAGAUAUGAUGACGACCAUGACCCCGAACACGGUGAAGAAGAAGUUUUACAAACAUCCAUUAAGACAGGAAAAGUUUUAACACAAAGUCUCAUUAUUGACACCGAAGAUGGUGAAGUGGAUGUUCUUCAAGAGCUGAAGAAAAAUACUUCUUCGGGAGGUGGUGGUAGGCAUGAACUUGAAAUAAAUGAGAUAGAAGAGAAAUUAGCCGAAAAAGCAGAUAAAAACCAUGUUCAUUAUAUAAGUUCAGAUGAACAGAUUAUAACGGACUACCACGGAUAUUUAACACGAACUGAAGAAAGAGUGAAGACAAAAGAUGUUAAUGAAAGAAGAUAUAAAUUCAUUCGUGCUGAAGGUUAUGACAUACGCUGUACUGUACAGUAUGACACAGGUAAGGCUCCAGAAGCAUUUGACAAUAACAAUGAAAUAUAUGCUUCGUAUUUCUUUGUUAACGGUGUAUUAGUUGAACCAAGAUUUACUUUGAGAGUUAAGGCAAAAAUAACUUUUGAAGAUGCUAUUAAAAGUAAAGCUGACAAAGAUGAACUUGACGCAAUGAACAAAGUUUUGAAAUCUCAUAAACACAAUAUCUCCGAUAUAAAUGAACUUCAAGCUACAUUAAAUAGUAAAGCUGACAAGAACCAUACACAUGAAUCCUUCACUACUGUUAGAGCAGACGACAUAAUAUUGAACUAUACCCUUGGUUCAAGUGCACCUUUAGAGAAUCCAAGUACAAGCGUAAAAGAUACUCUUAAUAGUUUAAAUAGUAAAUGUAUGAACAUUGAAGGUCAUAUCAGAAACUUUGAAACAUAUGAACUACCAGCAAUGUUAGAUAAGAAAGCAGAUAAAGAACAUACACAUAACUCCUUCUCAACUGUUGCUAUAGAAAGUAUUGAAGGAACUGUUGGCGGAACUGGUGGAGAUUCUUUAUAUUAUAAACCUCCUAACUUUCCACAAGGUUUAACAUCGAAUGAAAACAUAACAACGAAGAAAGACAUUAGCUGUAAAAAUGUUUAUGUCAUGGAUGAUGAAAACAAUGUUAAAUUUUCUGUUCAAAAUUUAUAUGAUAAGAAAGCAGACAAAACAGAGCUUCAAACAUUAAAGACUGAAAUACUUCAAACAUUAUAUCCUAUAGGCUCUAUUUAUACAUCAAUGAACUCACCAAAUCCAGCAA